AUGAUAACAGAUGACGCUCAAGAAUUUGAUGGGAAAAACCUUUACAUCAUAACAGGCCUCGGUUUGACAUUUAGCGUGUUAAACACCUUAGGAAGCUUAUACAUAUUUUAUCAAACUUUCAUGAAAUGGUGCAGUAAUUCUGAUUUCAGUUUACCCAUGUCUUUGAGAUUUCCAUUUUACAUCGCGAUUACAGAUUUUGGUAUGAGCAUGCCGUACAUAAUCAAUAUCGGAUACACGGCAAUAAAUGAAGAAACGUGGCCCAUGCCCGAAUGCUAUUUGUUUGGUGUCACUUUCAUGACCUUUCUAUUGUUGAACUUAUUUCUUAUCACUUUCAUGGCUGCGACCACUUGGCUCCGAGUUGUAAAAGAUUUCUUGAUUUAUUAUGGCGAGAUGAUAUUGGUCCGAGCAGAUUCUGGUGUUCCUCGUUGCGAGCAAGCCGCAUCUCUCCUUCACACAAUCUCCGAAGUCGAGAUGGAGGAUUUACCGACCGACAUGUCAUCAGAACGUAACUCGAUAGAACAUAAAGUUUCUCGAAAGAUAUUUCAAUAUGUCCUCAUGUUCUUGUUGCAAUACAUACCGAUCUUAAUUUACAGUAUUUCUAGAUUAUUAAUGUUCGAGAAUUUUGUGUUAUAUACUUUGAUGGUAGUGGCAUUCAAUGCCGGAGGGAUAGGAAAUCUUUAUCAGUAUAUAAACCUUGAGGGUUUUUCAAAACCUUCACCAGCACCCGUCAUCCCCCUAGACACUAUAGCGUUAGGCAAAGAUGAUGAUGAGAAUGGGAAGGCAAAACUCUGA